AUGGGGACACAUGGUAAGGUGGGGACCCCCAAGAGGAUGGGGACCCCCAAGAGGAUGGGGACACACAGCAAGCUGGGCGACACACGGGGGGCCCUGGGAUGCUUCCGGAAGGCGCUGCAGCUCUCGGGGGGCACGGCGAGCCCCCGGCUCCGUAGGGCUUGUGCCUUCAACCUGGGGGCUGCCUACGUGGAGACCGGGAAGCCCGAAAAGGGCCUUGAGUUCCUCCUCCAGUCCCAGCCCCCGGAGGGGGAGAGCGGGGAGCGCUUGGAGACCUUUUAUUUCAACACCCGAGAGGCUCACGAAGCGCUCCAGGAUUUUCUGAAGGCUCUGGAGUGUUUUGGCAAAGCUUUGGGCCACGACGGUGCAGCACAAGCCGGGAGCAGAGCGGGGACCCGCGUACGGAUGGGCUGCUGCUACCUGGGGAUGCGGGAACCCGUACGAGCCGCCCGGUGCUUCCUGGAGGCCGCGCGGAGCUUCGCGGCCGCCCACAGCCCCGAGGCCGCCGCCGUGGCCCUGAGCAGGGCCAGCAGCUCCAUGCUGCAGAGCAGGAGGUUCCGGGUGGCCGAGAUCGUCGGGGUGCUCGCCCAGUGCAGCUCCCUCUGCCAGAGCCUCCCCGACGCAGCCCUGAGAGGGAAACUCUACAACGACAUCGGGUUGGGAUAUUCCCAGCUCCACAUCUUCUCCCUGGCUGCUGAGAGCUUCGAGCAGGCCCUGUCCCUGUGCAGGGGGGAGCCGGACCGGCGCGGGGAGGCUGCCCUGCUGCAGAACCUGGGAGCUGCCCACAACGCCCUGCGCAGCUUCAGCACCGCCCUGGGCUGGCACCGGCGGGCAGCAGCUCUGCACAGUGCUCUAGGGAACCGGAGGGCACAGGGGCAGUGCUUUGGGAACCUGGCCUACGCCUGCAGCCGGCUCGGGAACCACGAGGCUGCUGCUGAGAACUACCUGCACGCCCUGCAAGCCUUCCGGGACUCGGGGGACGUGCAGGGGCAGUGGCAGGCAUGCGAGGGGCUGGGAGCAGCCUCCUUCCACCUGGGAGACCCCCAGAAAGCCAUCGGGCACUACAAGGAGGCCCUGACUUUGCUUUCCCACUGCCAGGACACCCCCAGAGCUGCCCGUGAGCGGGUUGUGCACAGGCUCACCCGGGCCAUCCAGCACCAGCUCUGCCUCCAGGGCCACCUCUCCCGGCAUCACGACCACCAGACCCUCCAGCUGAGCUCCCUGGAGGGCCCCGGUGACACGGCUGCUGCCACCACCGGCUGCGGGCCCUGCGGGAGCCGGGAGCCCCGCACGGGGAGCAGGAUCCUGUCCCUCAUCUGCAGCCUCGUGUGA